AUGUCGCGAGCUCCUAUAACACAUUUAAAUUUAACAGCCACCUACACGCUGUUGCUCAAGGACAUCAACUUCCUAAAAGCAAAUCUGGCCGAUGUAGUGAACGAAUUGGAGGAAUCAAACAACACCAUCGGUGAGUUGCGAGCCCAACUGGAGCCAUUAAGUAGCGCCGCUUGGACAAAGGGUUUCAACACGGUGGAGAGGAAGAAGAGGAAGCAGAUAUGUGAAUGUUAUCUGUACGGUGUCGCCCCGAUCGGGCCGAAUAACCUGCUGCGUCCAGAGAAACCUGUGACGCUCCUGUAUGUGUCCCGCUUGCAUUACACCAAGAAGGCGGAGGGGAUCGCAGAAUACUUGCGUACGAAGACCAAUUUCUCCCAGAGAAUCGCGCGUUUAGAGUCUCGCCACGACGUGAAUUUUAAUUCAUUUGUGAAAGGUUUGAGCCGUCCCGCUGUCCCUUUACGGCGAUGGGUUAUGGCGCAAUCCCACGCCCCACGGGACAGCGCGCUCUCGCGGCCGAAACCGUGUUAUAGGGCCACAACUUUAUUAUAUGACGGCGACCCGCCCUGUCGUAAAGAGACGAACUAG